AAUUUCUUUACGCUUUGGCAUUAGAGAAAAUCGUCGUAAACCCUUAUUACGGAAGAGAUGCAUUAUUAGACGUGUUUGUGGAAAAAGUGCCAUUGUUAAGCGAAGAUUUUGGACUUUUCAGGAGAAAACUUGCAAAGCCAGGUGUGCGGAAAAAAAAGGUUUCAGGAAGUGAAAGAAGUACGCGCUACCUUGUUUAAACGUCUAAAUGACAAUGCGGAAUUAAGAGUUCAGACUUUGGAUCAGCUUACACAUACCUAGCAUGGAUCAGCUGGCAGGAGUCAUCCGCAGAAGUUUUCGAAGGAAAUCUAAUAAAAGAGGAAGUAUUCAUGGAGCAUCAGCUUCUGAAGAUAGAAGUAUACCUACUGACCAGAAAACAUUAGUACUGAGUGGGGGUCAGAGCUUCUUUGAGUAUUUGGUGGUAGUGUCACUCAAGAAAAAUUAUGACGGGAAUUAUGCCCCUCAGAUAACCUACCAGUUUCCAAAGCUAGAGAAUAUUCUGCAUUUUCAAAAAGAUGAAGAAGAAAGGCUGCUCAAUGCUAUUCCUCUUUUCUGCUUUCCUGAUGGGAACACUUGGGCACCACUUAAAGAAUAUACAAGUGAAACAUUUUCUUUUGUCCUGACAAAUAUUGACAGCAGUAGGAAGUUUGGUUAUUGCAGGCGACUUUUGCCUGCUGGAAAUGGUUCCCAUUCGCCAGAAGUUUACUGCAUUAUCAGUUCUCUUGGCUGUUUUGGACUGUUUGCAAAGAUACUUGAUGAGGUAGAGAAAAGACGAGAGAUUGCCACAGCACUCAUAUAUCCCUUUAUGCAGGGACUGCGAGAGGCUACAUUUCCAGCACCUGGUAAAACUGUAAAAAUAAAGAGUUUCAUACCAGAAUCUGGGACUGAGAUAAUUGAACUCACAAGACCCUUGGAUUGCCGGUUAGAACAUAUUGAUUUCAAAACCCUUUUGCAGUGUCUAAAUUCACAGAUUAUAUUACAUAUUUUUGCUUCUGUUGUUUUGGAGAGACGAGUUAUACUUGUUGCAAGAGACCUAAGUAUUUUGUCUGAGUGCAUCCAUGCUGUUGUGGCUCUCUUGUAUCCAUUUGCCUGGGAACACACAUACAUUCCAGUUCUACCACAUGUUCUUAUUGACACUGUGAGUUGCCCAGCACCUUUUAUUGUGGGAGUUCAAAACCAGUUCCUGUCGCAUAUUUUAGACCAACCAAUGGAAGAGGUUUUACUGGUAGAUUUGUGUAAAGGAGAACUCAUACAAAAGGUGGGAGAUGAGGAAAAAAUUCUACCACCAAAACUUCAAGAACAGAUUCGCAUUUCUCUUGACGAUUAUCAACAAAUAACCAAAACAACACCAGAGAUCAAUACCGCAGUAUCUAAAACCUUCAUGCAGUUUUUUAUGAAAGUGAUGGGACAUUACACCUCACAUUUGCAAGAAAUCAACGUUGGGAAGUUCACAUUUCAAGAGAAGGCAUUUUUGAAAGCUAUCCAUUCCAAAACAAUUCGCAGAUUUCUAAAAUGCUUUGUCAAAACACAGAUGUUUUCUAUUUUUAUAGAAGCUCAGCAGAACAAAUCAACACAAAAUGUUUAUUUUCAACAGAAAGUGAAGGAAUUUAAUGAGCAGAGGAAACCUGAAAGAAAAUAAAUGGCUGCAGAAAAACAAAAGAAGAGAGGCAUAUAAAGAAAUGGCCAUAUGUGGGUAUAUUGUAUCUCUGGCAGGUGGCUAUGCUAAUUAGCCCUGCUAUGCCUUUUGCCUAUUAAGCUCAUCUUACAAUUCGACAGAUAAUGAUAAUAUAAUAAUAUUUAUUUACUUGAAAGUUAGGACAAUUGGUAUUAUUAUGUAACAUGUUACUUUAUUUUUUACUUCUACUUUCUUUUGCACACUUGAGGGUAUUUUUUAGUAGUUGUCUUCUGCUCUGGCAAAACAACACAUCCUAUAUUAUUGUAUGACAUACAUUCCGCUCAGAAUUAAAAACACUCAUGGCAAUAGCUUUUUGCUAUUUGCAACAGUGCUUAAAAUGCCACCAUGCUUACAAUUUAUGUAGAAGAGCCGCGUGCCAUAAUCCUGUAUCUGACAUUUUCAGAAUGAAUGCUUGAUAGAAAAUUCAGUGUUGCUCCUAAAAUUUUUUAUUUUCAUAAAUUGUCCUAUAAGCUAGAGCAAAGCCAACUCAACUGCUGAUAAGACCAUUUUUGCCGUUACCGGGCUUAUUGGUGGGCUUUUUUGAUCAGCAUAUGUAGAGGCAGGGAAGUUAAACCACAUUAAAAGCAUUUCUGAAAAGCUCAUGAAUACAUGUUAUACUUUAGUCAAGAGACUUUUUUUAAUGUAGCUAUAUGGUGUAAGAGAUAAGGGAUCUGGUGGAGGCAGAACAAACCAGUAUAUUGUGAUACAGUGGCUAGCCACAGCACUGGUGUCCUAGAUGCAGUUCCAAUAAGGGCAUCUGCAUGUCUAUAUGUUCCAGUUAUAUGAGGUUUUCAUAAGGUACCUCUGUUUUUAUCCACACUUUAACUACGAUUUGAUAAUAAUGACAUUUACACUAGAUGAAUGCAUGAACGCUAUGCUCUUUUGGAACAGUGACUGUUGUGGAAAUCUCUCUUAAUCUGACACUGCAAAUAAACAUGAAUAUACUUAAUAAAUUAAUUCUGAAACUGAUGUGACAGAACAAGCACUAUUAAAAUUGAGCAAAAUUGGUUAAUUAUUUCAAUUUUACUUUCAAAUUGCCUUUAUUUCAUCCUUCUUUCCAUUCUGGAAAAAAACCAUGAACCUGAAAUUAAACCUUGAUAAUUAAACAUUUUAGGUCCAGAUUUAGUAGUUUAGUUUAUUAUGCAUUACUAAGUACACUAAGUGAAAUGCUGCUUUACUUUAUGAUUUUCAUUGUCUAGAUUAAAGAUGUCUGUUUAGCUUGUAGGCUGUAUAACUUUGUUGAAGUGUAUAUUUUGGUAUCAAGAUCUGCAAUAAAUAAAAUAAUUUGGA